CUCAGUUUAUCGUGGUGUCCUCGUGUGUCGACGCCGGGUGUGCUGCUGUUGUUCGGGCGCUCUCGCGCGCUCCCAUUCGCCAACACAUGGUCCUUUACGGCCGUCGAUUGUCGCCAGGAAAUUGUGCUCUCAAUUGCAGCCGUAUAUUUGUUUUGUGUAGUGAAUUUGACAGUUGCAUCACAUUAGAAACGUGAUUCAGACCGGUGGAGUCUUUGGCGCUGCUUCUAAUUGAAAUGUAUAGACUGAAAUCCUUUGAUUCUGCCCUCUUGAGAUCCAAGAGGACGCUCCAAGAGUUUACCGGAAGAUAAGCGUAUAUAGAGACAAGAACUCUUGCUGAGCAGGGACACUUGAUUGUGCCAUUUAGCCGAGCUAGGUGCUUUCCAUUUCAAGAAAUGGAAUGGUGAGGAUUGGUGAAUGAAACUGAACUCUGAAACUUUAAGGUUAAUCAAGGAACAUAUUUUGUCUUUGUCGCAUCACCUGUUAGUGAGUGAGUUUCCUUUCUAAAGAACCAACCCUACAGUGAAUCGUGAUUUUGGUGAAUUUGACCUCGGGUGAAUUUUGGUGAAUUUGACCUUGGGUGACCCGGGUGACCCAGAUUUAUAAUUGAAGGCGAAUCUGGAAAGAUAUUUUUACAUUUUAUUUUUUUGGGGGGGAAUUAUCGCCAAGUUGUCCAUUCCUUUCUGUGAACUUGGCCUUUGGUGACCUCGACCCCUGGCGACCCCUUUUGAAGGGGGGCAUGUGAAGAUGAUGGAGAGUCUGGAAUUCCGGGAGAGGCUGCUCUACCCGGGCAUCACCCCCACCAUCCACUGCAACACUUGCAAACCCAACAGGAGGAGGUCAAGAACCCUCUCCAGUUCCCUCAGUAGCAAUGGCAUGGCCUCCGAUAGUGGCGAGUCGCACAAUAAACACAGCGAAGAGCAGAAUGAGAAUGGGGAACUGGUGAAGCUGAGCGAGGAGUCUCUUAUGAGACAACCCGAGGAAGUGUUCGACAUCAUCUGUAAACUCGGCGAAGGGUCCUAUGGCAGUGUGUACAAGGCUCUCCACAAGGAGUCAGGGCAGGUGCUGGCCAUCAAACAAGUGCCCAUUGACACUGACCUUCAGGAAAUCAUCAAAGAAAUUUCCAUAAUGCAACAGUGUGACUCCCAACAUGUGGUCAAGUAUUACGGCUCCUACUUUAAAGACUCUGACCUCUGGAUUGUAAUGGAGUAUUGUGGUGCUGGCUCCGUGUCCGACAUCAUGCGGUUGCGGAAAAAGACCCUAACAGAAGAAGAGAUAGCGACAGUUAUCCUAGACACUUUGCGUGGCCUAGAGUAUUUACACCUCAGACGAAAAAUUCACAGAGAUAUCAAAGCUGGUAACAUUCUGCUAAAUACUCAGGGCCAUGCGAAGUUAGCAGAUUUUGGAGUUGCAGGACAGCUGUCAGACACAAUGGCCAAAAGAAAUACUGUGAUAGGCACUCCAUUUUGGAUGGCCCCCGAAGUUAUUCAGGAAAUAGGUUAUGAUUGUGUUGCAGAUAUAUGGAGUUUAGGUAUUACGGCAUUAGAAAUGGCAGAGGGAAAACCCCCGUACGGAGAUAUUCACCCCAUGCGUGCCAUAUUUAUGAUCCCCACCAAACCCCCACCAUCAUUCCGUGAGCCUGACCAGUGGCAACCAGAAUUUAUAGAUUUUGUUUCAAGAUGUUUAGUAAAGAAUCCUGAAGAAAGAGCGACAGCAUCAGAACUCCUCCAACACCAGUUUAUACGUGGUGCACAGCCAUCUAGUAUACUUAGGAAUAUGUUAGAAGAGGCGAUGGAAAUCAGAGAAAACCAGAAUUCCAACCGACAGAUCCAAAUCAAGCACAUCACUGAUUCGUUCUCCCAGCAGCAGUCCCCUCAGCUCCAGUUACCUGUGAAGAAUGUUCAAGCAGAACAGGAUCAUAAAAACAACCAACUUAACCAAACUCACCAUCACCACAGCAUACCUAACACCCAAAUCCAGGAUGACGAGGAAGUCGAUAGCAGCACCAUGGUUCGGUACAGGUCUGGAGGAGAUAGUGGCACUCUUCGGCCUCUCAAUAAUGAAGGUACGCUAGUAGCACCUGUUGCAUCAAGUGGCACGCUUGUAGCACCGGUUGACUCUAGCACACUAUCCACAGAUGUAGGCACCAUGGUAAUAAAUUCUGAUAAUGAGGAUGAAGAUGAUGAGGAUUCAACAAUGAAAAGACAUGAUACAGCUCCAGGGGAGCAGAGUAAAAAGUAUCGGCCACUCUUUCUUGAUCACUUUGAUAAAAAAGAGCAAGAAAAGAAGGCAAGAAGUAAAAGUUCAAAGGAUAAUUCUCCAUUAGAGAACAUAGCCCCACAGCAAUAUGUAGGAACAGGAAGACCAAUUUUACAUCCAACCUCUCAGUCAAUACAGUUAACUACGGAGGAUAAUUUAUUGAAUCAGCAGGCACAGUUGCAGCAACAGCAAACUCACACUAAUGUUCCACAGCAACAAAGACAAAUUCAUAUGGAACAGCAACAAGUACAACAAAGCACUCAAGACUUUGGAGAGCAACAAAACAACACAAUGAUAUAUUCCCCAACAGCACUAAUACAUUCACAGCCAAAGCCCAUGUCUGCUGAAGAGCAUCGUAAAUUUGAGCAGUCAGAGGGCACAGAAGUAGAAGAACAAAGUAACCUUCAAAGACAGCUUGUACAAAUGAACAAUCCAGCAAACCACCAUAGACCUUUGCCUUCAAGAGGAGUUGCUGCAGAAAAUCAACCUAAGUUCCAGAGAUCAUUUAUAGAUGGAGAUUUUGACUUUUUAAAGCACCUAACGUACGAUGAGCUGCAUCAACGGAUGGCAACAUUAGACCAAGAGAUGGAACGAGAGAUAGAUGAACUUCGUCAGCGAUAUCAGGCCAAGCGACAGCCAAUUCUAGAUGCCAUGGACCAAAAGAGAAAAAGACAGCAAAAUUUUUAGCAUAUUUGUUGUAUAAAUGUAGUUACUGUACAGUUCAAUUUACUGUAAGCUUCCAAAGGCGUGGUGUUGGACAUUGCCUCUAUGAAACUUAAGGAUGUUGCUCUGCAGGAGGAAGGUGUGAGAGCGGCUUAUCCAAGAAGUCAUAAAUGGAUAUUAAACACAUCCAAAAUCUAAGUUUGCAACUGUUUCAAAUGCAUCGCUAAAAUGAGUUACAGUGUUCCUAUGAAGAGGAGUAUAUCAAACCUGAGGAUUAUUAGUAUUAUUCAAAAACCGGUAUAAGUUCAUUGGUAAAAACAGUGUGCCAUGUGAUUCAGAAACUCUGGUGAGUACCAAGUUAUGCAAGUAAUGUUAAAGCUAGCACUGGUUGCUUUGUAAAUUGUGUGAAAGUGGAAGAAUUUAUCCAUGGGAGGUUUUCUUUAAUUAACUGUGCCAUGGGAAGUUUAUUAUGUAUAAUUAAUAAAAAACAAUGUUUAGGUGUGGAUAUGGUGAAGAAAGCACAGGUUGCUUGUAGGGAGGAAAUAGUCUGUGAUGGUUUUGUUGUGACCCUUGCUCGAGUCUGUUUCAUUUUCUUUCGGAUCAUUUCCAUAAUUAAUUCAUGUUCCCAACAGUCAGGAAUUGGGUUCUCCAGUCAGUGGCUUAUGAUUUGUUCCAAAGUAUGAACCCAUUUUGGAAGAUUUUUAAAGCCUUUCUUAUAACUUUUUGUAACUAUGGACAUGCUAGUUAUUAAUCAUUUUUACAGUAUGUUUCCAGCGCCAUGUCAGCAGGUUGGUACGUACUUACAUGUGUUCCCUCAAGUCAUUCAUGAUUUACAGUAGUAAGUGUUUACAGUGUACUAUAAUUUGUGGACACAAUUGAUAGUCAAGCAAACCUAGUCAGUUAUUUUCAUUAUUGCUGUAUCUCUGCUUCCUUCGUUUUCUGUGCAGUUCAGUAUGUAUUGAUGUAUAGUCAAUGGAGAUCCAUUUCUCAAGUGUUGUUCACGAGGUAAAUACAACGUAAUACUUGUGUAGUGCAUUUCUGAUGUGUAUUGUCUUUGAUAUCAUCAUAUCGAUGAUUCAUUAUCACGCUUUCCUGACACAAGUGAGUAGUUUUCAUGAAUUUUACAAAAUUUAUUUGUAAAUAUAAUUUCACUUUAGAAUUUUUUAUUUUUGAAUUUUCAGCCCAAUGACAUUUUUUCAGGUUCAGAGUUUUUAUUAUUAAAAUUUUUGUCAUACUAUAUAAUUCUCUUUUUCUUGAUUGCAGAUGUUAUAUUCUGCAAAAGUAUCACUACAUGUUUUGUGGUACAGUAGAUUGAACUAGAUGAUUGAAUUAUUUUUUAGCAAUAUAUUCAUUGUGUAUUUUCAUCCCAAAAUUACCUCAGUCAGCCUUGCCAAUGAUUUUCUCAAGCAGAAUUGGUCCAUUGUGAGUUUGCAGAGUGGAAUUAUUUUUUAUGUAAUCUUUACAGAGAGUGAGGGUCCAACAGAGUGUAUUAUGGCUUGUUUAAGUUCAAAAGGUCAAGUCACUUCAACAUGGCUUAGUGUAAUGUUUCAUGUAUUUUAGAGGAACCCAGUGACUGAUGUGAGGUGUUAUGAAUGUGAUUUCUGUGGAAAGCCAUUUUUCUUUACAGUUGUCACAUUUAACAAGGUUGUAUCUGGGCAAAUCUUUAGGUGGAUCAGAUUCCUUUGUAUUUUAGAUCGUUGAUGUAAUGAUGCUCUUUGGCAAAAGAAACUGACUACUGUGCUUCUGCAGUAAAUUAUGAGUUCAUGAACUGGUCUUUAGGCUGUUGUCAGUUGCAAGUAGGUUUCAUGAAAAAGCUGGUCUUUUGUAAUUGUCUUGUGUUGAAUGGUUAAGUAAUUGUUGAAUUAUGCAUAUUUAAAUAAAUAUCCCACCUUAAGCUUUGCACAGACUUCAUCUUUGUCGUCUGUGUCAUAUGUAACGACAUGUUAUGUCACAACAAAAGAAAGCAGAAAGUUUUUGUGAGAACAGUUAUCCACAACUUCUAGUCACCCUAAGGAAUUGUUUUGUCAUGCAGGUAUUUGGUUGAAGAAAAGUUGCCAGUUCUUUUUACUUUUUAUUUUUGUCCCUGCUUCUUGUGCUUUUAUAUGUUGCAGUGUCUGCAGUUAACAUAAUAUUGUGCAUAUCACUCUUAAAAUACAUUUGUUUCUUGUCUAUUAGAAAUAACUCAUCAUUAUUUGGAAAACCUUUUGAAAGCAUUCACACUUAGUGUGUGGAAAAGCAUUCACGCUUUGUGUGUGGAUAAAUUUUCAGUAUUUAAACUCUAUUUGUAUUUGUUUUGUCUAAUGAGGCCUGAAAGUUUUGCAUCUAUGAUUAUUAGUGCCAUAAUGUAGCUAGAGCUGCUGGGAAAUUGAACACCAAGGCAGGUGAGCAUGUGAUGCACAAAAGUUUUUUACACUUGUAUAUUCAUUCAGCAUAUUUAGUUUUUUAAAUUGUUUAUUAUAUGUAUGGUUUUGCAUUGGCACAAUUAAGGAACUCUUAUUAGUAGAAGCAUUUAAAACAUUAUUAGCCUAUUGCUACAAAAGCAAAUAAGGGCCAUUGGUAUAGCAUAAGCAGUGGUCAUUGCUGUGAUGCGUGCGUUGACCAUUGCUCUUGACCAUGCAAUGGCAGUCUUGUUGUCACAGUUUCAUCCUUCUGUAGACAUAAGUACUAUAUGCUCAGGAGGUAAGGUACUGCAUAUAGAAUGAGCAGCAUGAUCAGGGUUAGGGUCAUGCUGUUAUUGUGUAACCAAGUGAAUGAAUUAUUAUUUAUAUGAUUGCUAUGUAGAACAGUUGAUGAAAUCUCAUAAAUAUUUCUAAAUUGUACAUUCCUGGGGUAAAAUUUUUCAUUGUUAGGAUAAAUAACACCAUAUACAUGCUUUUAAAAUACACCAGAUGAUUAGUUUUAUGCAUACAUUUGUAUGUAAAUGCCAGUAUAUAUAAUCAUACAAUGUUUGUGUGUGUUUAUGUACUGUAUAUGUGUUUGCAUGUAUACAGUAAAUAUCUCUGCGCGCACACUCACAAAACUUAAAUCCAUUCAUUUUGGAUAUCAUUAAAUGAUCCUUCUUAUUGCAGAAUCUGAAUUCUAUAAUGAAUGGGUUGAAAUCAGAACCAAGAGAAUCAAAGGGAAUUUGCUUGAUUGUAUAUAAAACCAGUUAUGUUCCUAGUCUGCUGGGGUACGUAUUUAAGUGUCACAUAUAUUCAAAUAGGGUUUGGGGCGGGAUGGGAGAGAAUAUCAUCUGUAACAGUGUUAGCUGAUGGAUCGUGUAAAGUAAGUUGGGGAAGUGUUAGUAUUUUGUGUUUGUAUAGAUUUUAUUUGCAUUGUUUACCUGUAGAGUAAUUCUGAAAAUUUUUACUGCAUGCAAUUGAAAAUAGGGAAAUCAAGCAGUGAAGUAAACCAUGCAGGAAUGUUGUGUCAGCUGAAAAAAUUAUUACAAGAUAUCAAGGAGAGGUCAGUAAGCUUAUCCAGGGUGACUAGUUUUACCCAACAUAAGAAUAUUUUUUCUUAUACGUAGGUCUUCAUAUAGGUCAUUUUUCAUUUCUUGAGCCAACAGUUUACAGAAGUCUAGUUGCUGUGAACAUCCUAUAAAAUAAUAAAACUCAACACUAUGUUAUAAAAUGUCUUGAAGGGCAGUGUUGGUGGGUUUAAUGCAUCACCUAAAGGCGCAGUCUCCAGUGGAAACCACACUGCAGUUCAGAGGCUUUCUGCAAUUUUAAAUUUGAGAAAGGAUGUCUGGCAAUAGCUGACAGUAUCUUAUGCUGGUUUCUCAUUCCAAUAUGUGGAACAACUCGACUGAUAAGGAACAACACUGUUUCCUAUUUUGAUUGUACAUUUAUAUUUAAAUAUCCUAAAUGCUACAGGAAUUAAACUUGCCCACAGAGUAUUUUUAUAUUGUUAUUUGGCUUGUAUGAUUAUUGAUAUUUUUUUUGGCAAAGUUGCUGAGUAACAAAUAUACCUUAUUGAAAUGAAAUAUUUUUUUUUUUAUAAUUUAAAAAAUGACACCUGUUGAGUAUAUUUGCACUUAAGUCUGACAGUUCAGCAAAUAUGGCUAAUUGUACGUAUAAGGAAACUACAUUUGAUGAUGAGGAAUAUAAAUUUUAAACAUUCUGAAGGCCUUUUUGGUAGUAAUCCAUUUUCCUUUAUUUGUAUUAGAAGGACACUAGGAAAAAGGGGAGAAAGACAGAGUCAUUAGUUAUCAAGAAACUCGCUUUGGAAAAUCUAAUUUUGUUUGAACUGAAAUAUAUUAGAUGUGAUGUUUUCUUGUUGUAAACCUUUGGUGUCCAUUUUUACAUUUGCCUCAUUUUUACAGUGUCUUUUGAGUAGAAUAAUAUAGAACCUAUAAACUUCAUUAACAAAUGUAGCAUUUCUUAAAAACCUCAAUUCCAUUGGAAAUAUAUUCAUCAGUAAAGUGUGAGAUUUGGGAUUUAUUAAUAAAUAUUAUACAUAGCUGAAGAACAUUAUUGGAGGUAAAUUGCUGUAUCUGUCUGGGUACUUUUAAGCAAAGAAAUUUUAACAGUUUAUCAUUUCUAGAUGUCUGUAAUAUUAGUAGUCAGUCAUUCCCGGUGUCAUAAGCCAAUGCUGCUCUGAGUGCCUCCAUUGCCCCACUAUACUGUACAGUUUCCAUCAAAUGUUUCAACAACUGUUUUGCUCAUAUCUCAGGUAGACCUGGGCACUAAUUCUCCAGUGGCUGUUAAAGAAAGAAAUAUUUUGUGGCUGAUGUAGAGGAAUAACUGUCUAAAUUUGCAACUGAGAAUUGGUGCCUCAUUUAAUCUGCGGGCUGAAGGAGGUGCAGGUGUCGACUUCUUUUUUAAUGCAAGUAGCCAUGCACUGUACAAUGUGCUUCCCUCUGAUGCUCUCACAUCAUUCUUUUGUGGAGUUUUUUUUUUUGCUGUCAUAUUUGCAGUAAAAGAAUGAUUAACAUUCUCUUGCUUUUCAUUGGUUCAGUUGAGUUUCUUGCAUCAUUGAUCUUGGAGCAAGUUAAAUCUUUCACUCUCAUCAGGUUGCAUUUUUUUUAACAAUUCACUGCAUUUUAUCAGACAUUUGCUAAUCGUCAGAAAAAGGUCAAGUGCAGUCGAAUCUGAUGCCUCCUUGGCCUAGCGGCUGUCAACAGUGCUUUAGCAUCCCACACAAGGUAUAACAGUGCAAUGGCUUUCUUAAAAUUAUCACUAUUAAUUAAGGCAAAGCCAGUUCUUAAAAAAUGUUACUGUAUAUGUAAUUGAUUUUUUUCUCAUUGUUAAGCAAUUAGUAAGCUGGUAUGGAAGCCACAGCCUAUUUAUUCCAGCUUUUGAAAGGAAAGUGAUGUCUGGAUUGUUAGUACAAAACCGCCUUUUUUUUUGCAGAGAAGUCUUAGAUAUUUCUUUGUAUGAAUGUAGUGUGUGAAUAGAGAUUUUGGGUUCUCAUACUUGUUUUGCUCUUAGGAAAAUCAUGAGUAGUCGUAAAUUAUUCAUAUCCAGUGAUGAACUUUGAAAUGUACUCUUUUCAUUUUUUUUCAUGCAUGGUCUGAAAGAUCUUGCAAUUAAAGGUCUGAGCAUUCUCAUAGCUUCUAAACCUUAAGGCAGGAAGGGACAUAGAUUGUUAGGUGCUUUACCCUAUGACUAUGAUUUUCUACCAAGGAAUAUAAUAUUUCUUGACAGUGAGAUCUGUUCUUUGAAUUUAAUUUUUAUUAAUUUUAUUAAAUCUUGCCAUGGUAUUAUAAUGGAUGCUCUUAAUAGAUCUUUUUUGUAAAGUUUUUUCUGCCUUUUUUUUUUUUUUUUUUUUUUUGCACAAAGUUGAAGACACUUGGUUUCCAAAGACCUGUAUGAAGUGCAUCUGGUGUUGAUGUGGACCUUAAAAUAUUAAUUCAACUUCAGUCAUGCCAUCUAGCUAUUUCAUGAAUUCCAUUUUAUUGUGAUAAGAAUGCUUGAUAUGAUGACAGUCGGCCAACAAAAUUUGAAGUAAAUGAUGAGUUUUAGCAUUUUCACGUAUUCCAUGUUAGGCAAUUAUUAUGCUGACAAAAGAGUAUUUUACUAGGACAAAUUAAACUCAGACUUUAACAAUUCCAUUAACUGCUUUGGUAUGCAUGCCCUGUCUCAAGAAAUGAAAGAACUUUAGCUAAUGAAAGCCAUAGUGAUUGGCUUUUUAUGGAAACAUUUUUUCUUUUGCAUUAUCUUUAGUUCUUCUGGGUUUUGUUUUUGGAAGCAGACAUCUUGUAUUUUUGGCCUUUUUUUGUCAAGUCUUCUGAAAACUGAAAUCAAAUGGGGCAUAUCUUUCAAUACAGAGAGGGUUUUGGGAUUCAUUGUUGUCCUGGGAGCCCAAGUGUAUGAAAGAAAUGCUUGGACAGUCUACUAUUGGUUAAGGUUCGUUGGUCUUUGCGGUUCGAUCACUUUGUCAUCCAUCAUAUCAGCCAGUGCAUUGGCUUUACUGUACUAUACUUUGUUUUAGGAUGUUUUGAUUUCUGUGUACAGUGUACAUGAAAUAUGCUAUGACACACAAUCACAUAUCUUUUUACCCAUAUUCCAACAUCAGUUACCUUUGGUUGCUAUUCUGUCAUUUGUUCAACCUAGUUAUUAUUUGUGAUAUCAACUGUGCUAAACAGGUUUGUUGUAUUGCAGAUAUUUUUUCAAAGAAAUUUGGAUGUCUGACAAGAUGUGUUACUUAUACAUUUUGAAGGCUUUCUUUUGUAUAUUACUUUUUUAACCAUAGGCUGUGUUCAGUAGCCUGCGUGAACAGACACCCUUAUUUCUGAAUCACCCCUCAAAUACUAGCAUUGUGUUCAUUGAAUGUUUAGUCUGAGAUUUCUUUGUUGUUGUUGUUGUUGUUGUAUAGGCCAGGACAUGCACUAUGAAUACAUUGUGGCCUGAUAAUUGUUGUAGAUUAAUGCAGUUUUAAUACAAAGUUAAGUAACCUUUAUGCAGUACAGUAUAUCCAUGACAAAGAAUCACUUCAUAUCCCUUUGUGAAAGUCAGAUGUCCUAGGUGCUAAGUCUUCAAUUUUUUGAAUUUGUGGCAACAGCAUACAUGGAAAUGUUGAUUGAUUUGUCAGUUAACUGACCAGUGUUUGAGGGGUGAUGAAUUGUGUCAUGCAUAGUUGGCUGCUCAGAAAAUUCUUGUAAGGUAUUCAGAAAAUUAAAAUGGUCUCUUUCAUUCUUUUAAUGAUUUGAAUUUAGUGUCUUUCAAGGCAGCCCAUAAAAAAUAAUGAUAUAGCAAAUAAAGCAAUACAUAGUUGUGGUUAUUGUGAGCCCCUUCAAGGCUCUACAUUGUACAUAGUGUAAUGUAUUCCAAAGCAUCAUUCACAUUAAAAUAAAAGAAAUAUUAUGUGAAUGCGUUUUUGGGUGUUCAAAAUGUACAAUAGUAUAUGCUGUUUAUAUUCCAUACUGCCCUUUUUCCAGUAGGUGACUUUUUACCUAUGGGAGACAUGUAUAUUUUGACAUCCACUGCAUUAUAUGAACUACUGUGCUAAUGUUGAUUAGUGUGGUAGGGCAUUUUGUAUAGGAAUACAUAGCCAAUGUUUUGAUGAUUAAAUCCAAUAUUUCAACUUGAUGUUGCAGGAGAGUUUUUCUUUCUAAAUUAUUUCAGGUUAUUGUUCAGAUUCUUUACUUUAUAUCAGUAAAAACAGGUAUUUUGUCAAUGGCUCCAGUUUUCAUCAGUCCUUGUAAAGAAAAGAACGUUGUCUAAGAAAUGUUGACAGUCUCAAAACUUGCAGGGUCAAAGUUCUGCGAGGUCUUCAGUAGUAUUUUUCUUCAUCAGGUGGCAAGUUAUUUUGUAGGUCUGGUGAAGUUGUUUUUGAUAUGCAUGGCUUUGACCUUCUGCUCUUAUUUUGAGAUGUUUCUGUAAUGAUGUAAUGUUGGUCAGCUGCAUUACUGAAAAAGGAAGAAAAUUGGUGCAUCCCAAAGAAUAUUUGAUCUUUUAUGUAAAAUUUUAGUUUCAUUUAUGCUGAUUUACAAUUUAUGUUUUUGUAUGUCUUGAUUUCCUUAAUGAUUUUGUAAUGGAUGUUUUGACAAACCAAAUUACUUUUUUCUCUCUCAUUGUAUAUCAACUCCUGCUGUGCUAGCUUUAUAAUCCGGGCUCUUGUCAAUUCAGGAUUGUCAAGGGGCUACACAAAAUUGAUAAUAGAUGAUGAUUUUAACCUGUGAAGGAGGUAUUCUUUUAGUCAAGAGUCAUCUCCCAUAAAUCUGUUCCUCCUGCCUCAUGGGUGCCAUGUCAGGACAGUGAGUAUCACUUUUGCAGCGAUAUCUCAGUCUUUUGUAGAUCAUGUAUAAUAUGAACGACAAUACGAUUAA